AUGGAGGAGAGGAUUAGAGGAGGAAGGAUGAAGGGAGUAAUUGUGUCCUUAAAAGCCAUGGGCUUUGUGUUGGGAGGUGAGAGGUGAGGUCUUUCAACGCCUCCAUCAGCCCGAGGGAGGUUAGACGCCACAUAGAUUUUUGACAAGUGAAUGAGAGAAGAAUAAACUAGCCUACGUCAAAACAUGAUUUUAGACGGACUGAGGGACAAUGUCAUUUUACAUUGAAGCAAGUUUCUUCUCAGCCAAUGAGAUUUUCAAUUGAAGCAAGUUUUUCCUCACAUUAAGCAAGUUUUUCCUCAGCCAAUGUGAUUUUACAUAGAAGCAAGUUUCUCCUCAGCCAAUGUGAUUUUUAAUUGAAACAAAUUUCUCCUCAGCCAAUGUGAUUUUACAUUGAAGCAAGUUUCUCCUCAGCCAAUGUGAUUUUAGUUUGAAGCAAGUUUCUCCUCAGCCAAUGUGGUUUUUACAUUGAAGCAAGUUUCUCCUCAGCCAAUGUGAUUUUUACAUUGAAGCAAGUUUCUCCGCAGCCAAUGUGAUUUCGGGUGGAAAGAAGUACAUGAAGAAGUACAAACUUUUUGACAUGCCAAACCAAACUAAAAACCCUGCUUAAAAGGCAGUUGUGUGUGUGAGGCAACAGUCAGUUGGAAGACAUCCAGAACCGUUUUAGACGGUUUAGAGAGAGAAAUCCACUUCAUUGCUUGUCACCGUCAAUCAGCCCAACCCCCAUCCCCCCUAACACACACACACACACACACACACACAGGCUUGUCACUCAGUUACGGCCUGUGUUCGUCGACUAGAGGUGUGUCUGAGUGGACAUAGGAGACACACAGGAUUGAUGUGAUCUUACAAGCCAUCAGGUUGAGCACAGCUUUCUCAAACAUGACCUGAAGUGUGCCGGCCCCGAGCAAAUGCUGCUGUCACCUCGGCCAACCACGGCUGUCGUCUCCCUCAACAGCCAAUGAGGGCUGACAGCCGCGGCGUUUCCAAAACAAAUCAGCGCUGCGUUUGGUAACACUCCGCGUCCCGCCGAUUCAGCCCUCACCAAGACGACAGCAGGAGUUGAAAACGCUAAUGCUCUGACUAAUGCACAGUGUGUGUGUGUAUGUGUGUGUGUGUGUGUGUUGACCUGUGUGUUGUGUUGGCAUGUGUGUUGGCAUGUGUGUCUGCGAGUGCAGUUUACUUAGCUGUUUUCUUUCAAUUUGAAGCGUAAUUUAACAUGUCUAUCACUGUAACCCCCCUCCACACACACAUACACACUCCCCCACCCCUAUCUCCAGCAUGUUGUUGUGUGUGAUUGGGUUAUACUCCCUAUAAUCUAAACCACUUAACUUAUCACCCAACAAAAUGUUAGUCUUAUGUUUUGAGGGGAGCCUUUGUCUCUCGUGUGUGUGUGUGUAUGUCACUCUUCAUUAACCAGUUCGCACUGUCUGUAAGUGCGUCGGCAUGGCAAUGCACUCCCUUUGUUCUCUUCAAACCUCUCCUCCCCUCCCACUCUCCUCUCUCUCCUCCCCUCCCUCUCUCCUCUCCUCGCUCUCCCCCUCCUCUCCCCUCCCCCUUCCUCCCUCUCCUCCCCUCCCUCUCCUCCUCUCUCCCCUCCCCUCCCCUCUCUCCUCUCUCCUCCCCUCCCUCUCUUCCUCUCUUCUUGCCUCCUUCUCCCUCUCCUCUCUCUCCUCCCCUCUCUCUCUCCUCCCCCUCCCUCUUCCUGCUCCUCUCUCCUCCCCCUCCCUCUCUCCUCUCGUCUCCUCCCCUCCCUCCUCCUCCAUCCUCUCUCCUCCCCUCCCUCUCAUCCGGCUCUCCUCCACCUCCCUCUCUCCCUCUCUCUCCCCUCUCCCUCUCUCCUCAUCUCUCCUCCCUCCCCUCUCUCCCUCGUCUUCUUCUCCCUCUCCCUCCUCCUCUCUCUCCUACCCCUCUCUCUCUCCUCCCCUCCCUCUCUCUUCUCUCUCCUCCCCUCCCUCUCUCCUCUCUCUCCUCCCCUCCCUCUCUCCUCUCUCUCCUCCCUCCCUCUCUCCUCUCUCUCUCUUCUCUCCUCCCCUCCCUCGUCUCCUCUCUUCUUCUCCUACUCCCCUCCCUCCUCUCCUCUCUCCUCCUCCCCUCCCUCUCUCCCUCUCCUCUCGUCCUCCCUCGAUCCCUCUCUUCCUCUCUCUCCUCCUCUUCCCUCUCAUCCUCGGUCUCUCCUUCCUCCCCUCCCUCUCUCCUCUCUCUCCCACCCAUCCUCUCUUCUCUCUCUCCCUCCCUCUUUCUCUCUCCUCUCUCUCCCUCCCUCCUCCUUUCUCUCUCUCCUGUGUGUUCCGUCUGUCUUUAACCAGUGAAUAGUCAAAGGGAACAGAGGGCUCUAUCGGCUUCUCAUCUAAUCUUUACCUAUUGAUUACCACCCUAGUAGGAAGGUCUUCCAUACACAUAAUGAUGUAUUUCCUAGUAACAAAGGGCAUUAACUGAAUGAAAUGCUAUACAGCACAUAUACUGUAAAGCAAUUUAGCUUAGACUUUUCCUGAAGAGUUGU